UGGAUUGAUGGAAAUGUGCGACAGUAUAUAGUGGUAAGGCGAUCCUAAAAUGAGGGCUUUUUAGUGGCGCGAUGAACGCGAAGCAGGACCUCGAUCACCAGCAGCAGCAGCAGCCGGGUGACCACGAUUCGGAUCAAGACCUCCCCAUCCAGUCUCGGCUCCGCCGUGGCCUCGAUCAGCAGCAGCUGCUGCAACCGGCUGACCACGGGUCGGAUCAGGACGUACCCCUACAGCCCCAGCGCCGGCCCCGUGGCUUCGCCGCGGCGGUGGCCGCCGGGGGCGGCUCCGCCGUGGCGAAGGGGAGGAAGGAGCGGGAGAAGGAGAAGGAGCGGACGAAGCUCCGCGAGCGGCACCGGCGGGCGAUCACCAGCCGCAUGCUCGCCGGCCUCCGACAGUAUGGGAACUUCCUCCUCCCCGCGCGCGCCGACAUGAACGACGUGCUCGCCGCCCUCGCCCGCGAGGCCGGGUGGAUCGUCGAGCCCGAUGGCACCACCUUUCGCCCCUCCCCCGCUCCGGCCUCCUCCAUCCCCGCCGCACCCCCGCCCCCUCCUCCAACCCAACUGGCACCAUUUCCAAUUAGAUCGAGUGACAGUCCUUUAUCUGCCACUUCUCUAAAGAACUGCUCCAUCAAAGCAUCCUUGGACUCUCAGGCUGCUUUACUCAGGAUUGAUGAGAGUUUGUCACCAACAUCCUUUGAUUCCAUUGUAGUUGCUGAAAGAGACAUCAAAAGCGAGAAGUACGCUAAUGCAAGCCCCAUUAACUCACCAGAUUGUGUUGGACAUGACCAGCUUAUGCGAGAAUCUACAGAUCACAAGGCUAAUUAUGUUGGAACUUCUUAUGUUCCAGUUUAUGCAGCGCUCACGAGUGGCAUCAUCAACAGUUAUUGUCAACUGGUUAACCCAGAAGCUGUCCGACAAGAAUUAAGGCAUCUGAAAUCUUUAAGUGUUGAUGGAGUGGUUGUCGAUUGUUGGUGGGGAAUAGUGGAAGGUUGGAGUCCAUGCAAGUACAAUUGGUCUGGUUACAGAGAGCUGUUUACUAUUUUACAAGAAUUCGAGCUGAAACUUCAGGUUGUAAUGGCAUUUCAUGAGAAUGGAGGAAAUGGGUCUGGUGAUAUGCCAAUCUCUUUGCCUAAGUGGGUCUUGGAGAUUGGAAAAGAUAAUCAAGAUAUUUUCUUCACUGAUCGUGAGGGGAGGAGAAACAUGGAAUGUCUUUCUUGGGGAAUUGAUAAAGAACGUGUUCUGAAAGGAAGAACUGGUAUUGAGGUCUGUUAUGAUUUCAUGAGAAGUUUUCGAACAGAAUUUGGUGACUUGUUUGAGGAAGGACUCAUUUCUGCCAUUGAGAUUGGACUCGGUGCUUCAGGGGAACUGAAAUACCCUUCAUUCCCAGAAAGAAUGGGGUGGAGGUACCCUGGCAUCGGUGAGUUUCAGUGCUAUGACAAGUAUAUGCAGAAGAAUCUUCGACUAGCAGCACAAUCAAGGGGACACUUGUUUUGGGCAAGGGGACCUGAUAAUGCUGGGCACUACAAUUUAAGGCCAGAUGAAACUGGUUUCUUCUGUGACAAGGGAGAUUAUGACAGCUAUUAUGGACGAUUUUUCCUUCACUGGUAUGCACAAACUCUUAUAGACCAUGCAGAUCAGAUAUUAUCCCUCACGAACCUUGCAUUAGAAGGCACAGAGAUCAUUGCUAAGAUUCCAGCAAUAUACUGGUGGUAUCGAACAGCUAGCCAUGCUGCAGAGCUCACAGCUGGAUUCCACAAUCCCACAAAUCAAGAUGGCUAUGCCUCCAUUUUCAACAUGCUGAAGAAACAUUCAGUGACAAUCAAAUUUAUGUGCUGCGGACCACAGGCUUCUAUGCAGGAAAAUGAGGAGGCAUUGGCUGAUGCUGAAGCAUUAAGUUGGCAGGUCCUGAACACCGCCUGGGAAAGCGGGUUAAGGGUGGCUGCACAAAGUACUCUUCCAUGUGAUGUUAGAGAAACGUAUACAAAAAUUCUAGAGAUUGCUAAGCCAAGAAAUGAUCCCGAUCGUCACCUUCUCUCAUUCUUCACAUUCCAGCAACAGUUGUCUCCCAUCAUUAUACAGAGAGAAAUGUUCCUCUCAGAUCUUGAUAAUUUCAUCAAGUGCAUGCAUGGAGAGGCCGGCAAUGAUGUCCAAGGUUGACUGCUUCGUUGCCAUAUUCAGAUUUCUCGGAUUACAAAUAGAAGUAAUGCAAGAGCAGUCAAGGUGCAGUAUCCUUUUCUAUCACUUGAUGUUGCCAUAAGUUCCAGUAUAAUUCGUAGCAUCCCCAUUAUAUGUUAAACACCUGCCAGAUUCUUGUCUUCUUUGGGCUAAUGUAUUCAUAUUAAUCUUAAAUAUUAUUUAACUCGAACCUAUAUUAUUGUAAGUGAAUUUACUAA